CCAUCACAACCAGUCGUUUGCGCGGAACAAAGCUGUUGCACCCUACCAGGAGGCCGAGGACGCGCGUGGCCGGCUGUGCACUCCGCCAGACCACCGACAGGCCACUGGGGAGUGAAGAACAACAGGCGAGCAACAGGAUCGAGGCCGAAGAGAAGAUGGCGCCGAACAUAAGCAUCUUGGCGAUGCAUCUCGUUUUACUUGUAUUGGCCGCUGUGGAUGCUAAGCCUCCCGCCGAAGACGCGAAGCCAACCCACGGGGGCGCUUACGUGGCCUCCGAUGAAAUUCCUGAAGGGCUCCUGGAAAUCGACAACCACGGCCGGAUCACUGUGCCCGAGGGCAAUUCGCUGCCCCCACACCCAGCAGUAGGGUCAGGCCACAACGCUCCUCCCAGUGAUUACUCCGAUGGCGGUAACGUCCCCGUGCACUACAACCACAAGACCCGCGCACCGUAUCCCAGUCCCGUCAGCGCUCAGCAGCACACAGGCUACCUCAGCAAACCCAAGAGGCGGAUUGAGGACACACAGGUGGAUUGUCUUAAAACACACAUGCUUGUUACCUUCAAAUUUUCGGUGCCAUUCCACGGGUAUAUUUAUCCACACGGCAAUUUUGACAAGUGCCUUCUCUUCGGUGGCCAUAAUUCCUGGAAGGCGGAACUUGUGCUCAAGCAUGGGACUUGUGGAGACCAGGAAAACACCGUUAUAUAUCACGGACGCACCUAUACAGACCCUACCAUUGACCACCGCCUCGUCAUUCAGUGGGACCGAGACAUAAUAGGAGAGGAUGAUUCCAGCGUGAUCGUAAGAUGCGAAAGACCAGACGAUUACAACAAGACGGUUGAAUGGAAUCUGGGAUUGCAAGAUCUGCAAUCGUCCUUUCAAACCAACACACAUCCGGGACCCAAAAUGUGGAUGGAGAUCCAGCGUGGGGAAGGGCCACAGGCCCCACCGCUGGACGACGAGUCGGUAUACGUGGGCGAUGUGUUGACGCUCGUCUUCACUCUUUCUGACAACGUCUACUGGUUUGACUCCAAUAUCCUCACAUGUUUUGCCGUUGAUGGAGGCGAGAAAAAGAGCCGUAUAGAAUGGGACACGAGUGAGCACAAGGACGUCUCUGCCGCGGCCCGAGUAUUUAGUGGAGAAACCACUGUGAUUGAAAAUGGGUGUUCGGUGAAGCCCAAAAUAUUUUCUCAUUUCUUCAAAGAGAAGCACAAUUCGCCAAAUGGAGAUAUGGUUACGUUACACUAUGCACACUUCAAGGCUUUCAGAUUCCCAACCUCCAUGAAGAUUGUUAUCCAGUGCGAUGUCCAAGUCUGUUACAAGGCAUGCGAGGAGAUGCCGCCUUGCAGCGAGGCCUUCACUCCUCGCGUGUCCCUGGAAGAGCGCAGGAGGCGACGUCGAGCGGCCGAGGACACCGCUAGUGCCAAGACCGAAGGCGCCGUCGAGCUGGACAGAGUGAACCUCUACCGCAGCAUAGAUGUGUACAUGCCCGACGAAUCAGGCGCAGAGAGCAUCAGACUUGUAGCUCCACUCAACCAAACUCCUAACGCCUGUUACACUGCCUCUGAAUUCUUUGGAACUGUGCUAGGAUUAAUGGCCAUCAUACUCAUCCUCAUCAUGAUGCUGAUGUUUGUCUAUUUGAAAGUGAAAAUAACCCCACCGUCUUUCUUCUCGCCAAAUAAGACGAAGGGGUAAAACAAAACAAAAGAAAAACAAAUUGCCCUCUAGCUGAGCAUUUGUUUCACUGGUGGAGUUGUAUUUAUAAUGCGAUUUUAAUAAAUAUAUUUUACAAC